GUGCGUGUAUUCUGGUGAAGACUGUACACAUCUCCAUUCCACAUGUUCCAACUAGCUUUGCAGUUUGCUUCUUGUUCUUGCUGCAACCUUGUUUCAACAUCCAUCCCUCAGCUAUCCCCUUUGUCAUGUUUAUAUUCUAGGUCCCUUGUCAAGGGUUUGGGGUGUAGCAUUUCUUUUUGUAAUCGUCUAUACAUAAGUAGGUAACUUGGUCCAGCUCAGUAUUUUCUUCGAUUUAUCGAAUUGUGCAACUCAGUCUUUGCCGUGGGGCAAGCAUUAGAGAGACACUGCCUGUCCAACUACCUAGUGUUGCUGUCAGAGUUCAAUAUUGUUUUCGGCAGAGCUGUUUCUUCUCAGAUGGAGACACUUCUAGUAGUACUUUGUAAUCUCAGUGGCGUGCGAUAAUGGAGCAAGAGAUAGUAUUGGCUCGAGGUGAACAGUGGGAUGCGAAGUUCGACACCCUGGGCUUGGACAUUUUAUCAGUUCUGGAGAACUCCUUAGUCACCGACAAGGAUGAAUUCAGCUUUUCGGGGCUUCCUUGUGGAGAGAAUGGCACGGGGACAAUAUACCUAUCCCAACCAGCGGACCAAAGCCUGCCUCUAGUGGAGUGCCAUGGCUGCAAACAGGUUGUGCUUGCACCGCUAUACAAAGAUCACAUUGGUCGCUGCACACCUGUGAAGAACUUAGGUGUUGAUCAGCCUAUUCAACCAGUGCAGGGGAAGAGAAAAGCCAAUCGCCCCUCGGAGCAGGGUCCUCGUAAGAAGGCUAAGAAAGUUAGCUCGUCGACCGUGACUCCCCGUAGCAAUGGGAACGCAGCCAAAGAAGAUGUCUACAAUCCCGACAAGCAUUGUGGUGUUUUACUGGCAGAUAACCGACCCUGCAAACGUUCCCUUUUGUGUAAACAACACAGCAUAUCAAAACGACGCCAAGUAUCAGGUAGAUCCCAAAAUUUCGACCUUUUGCUCGUGAAAUAUCGUGCCGACAAGAAGAAUGCGGCCACCAGAACGGAGAGCACGAGUUGUGCCACAACCGCACCCACCACGGCAGCUACUCCUGCUACCACUGUGUCGGCUGCAACUGCCACUGCUACUGCUACUAAUACUGCUACUAGUGCUGCCACUAGUCCUGCUGCUGCUGCUACUGCUGCUACGACUACAACUAACAAGACUACGAGCACCAGCACCGCCACCAGCAGCAGCAGCAAUAAGGAUUGCACAGCUACCAUUAGCACUGCCGCUGCUAGCACCGUUACGGACAGCAGUAGCACAAGCAACAUCCGGAGCAGCAGUAGCUGCAGCAACAGCAGCACGGCAACUGACACUGCUCAGCAGACCAGGGGCAAGAGUCAGUCGGAAAGGAACUCACUGUCCCUGUCGAUAAAUGCGCCGGCAGCGGCAAUGCAUCUGGGGCAGCCCUCGCUCGACACGCCACCGUCUGGAGAAGGAAAGCCAUGGAAUGACGUUUGCGAACCUUUUCCUUUUUCCUUCUUCGAUGGCUACAAGGAGGAGUUUCCUGAUUUACCCGAGUUGGAUUUCGAUUUUUCACACCGGUUGACGCCAGAUUCGUCUUCACCCUCCGUUUCCAGCCCUAGUAUCCCCAAAGACAGUACUGCUAAUACUGCAACCACUCCACCUAGUGCCGAAAGAGCCCUGGCCGAUGAGCUAUGUCGGAUCUUUGCUGGCGGCCCCGGAACCCCGCAGGCUGCUAAUGCCCCUAAAUCACCAUCAGUCGCAUCCACGUCAAGUGCUGGACACACAGAGAGCCAGCCCGCUGACCAUACACAGAAUGUUGAUGGCCAAUCAGCAAGACAUCCAGCGCCACCGAUGGAGCCCAGUGCGGCCUCCGUUCGUAAUAUUGAGUUGCUGCUCGAGCGUAUUCCCCCCACGCAGCAGCAAGACUCCAGCUUUAUAGCAUCAGUGCAAGGCCUUCUGGGACAAAGGUCUGAUAACAGUGCUGCACAGCCAGAAGGUGCUGUGCAUCCAGACUUUGCAAUGGAGUGCCAGCUGCAACAGCAACGGCAGCCUCAGCAGCUGCAAGACUUUCAUCACCAACAGCAGCAGUUUCAAAGCCAGCAGCUACUUUCCCAGCAGCAGCAGCAACUCGCAUUGCGUAACCAACAGGAACUCGCUGUGCGCAAGCACCGUCAACAGAAGCAUCUAGAGCAACAGCAGCGGCAACAACUAUUACAACAACAACAAUUAAUUUACCAACAAAAUCUGUUGCAGCAGCAGCAACAUCAAGCGCACCAUCACCAGCAGCCUCAUAUGUUGGCUGACAAUAUCCUUCCCAGGCCGAGGGACAGUUUAUUCCCUCUAACCCAGACCCAACUGCCACGUUCAGAUGGCAUGGCGGCGCCGCAUGCCAUUCUCCACCCUGCUGCUGCUGGUGCCUUGCCAGGUGUACAUGCAGCUAUGAGUGCUUCCAAUGCACAAUGUAGCCAUACUGAGUCGGGAAUGUCGUACCCGCUUGAUGACAGCCAGUAUCAACUCUUAGUAGCCGAGCAUCAAAGGGACGCGGCAGCUGCUGUUGCUGUUGCUAAUACAGCUGGUGGUAGUCACCACCAUGCCAUGGCACAGAGCUCGCAGCCAACCCCAGGUCACAGUGCAUUAUCUGCUCAACUCCAAGGUGCUGCCAACUUCCCCCUCCCAUCCUCUACGAAAGGCCCAGUUGCUAUGAAUGCGAGCACUCCGCGCCAGCAGAAGCCAAGGGCACAGCUUGCACAGCUGCAGCCCAAUGAUGUAUCGGCCAUGUUCCCCUUUGCUUCAAACUCAACUGCCCCCAUUGGCCAGUCCGUGAUAAUGCCGCCUGAUCAUCCACAGCAAAGGCAUGCUGUCGCUGCUUCUGCUACUUCUGGACCAACACCGAAUAGCUUGUACCAACAGCAACAGCAGCAGAAAGAGCACUACUGUCGCAUGCGGCAGUACUACCAUGCGCAGCUGCUGCGCCAGCAACAUCUGAAGCAAGCUGGUGCUCAUCCUCAGCAGCACAUGAUGCAUGGCCCGUAUGAUGGAGAUGCACUGCUCGCCUUCCGUGGUGACCAUUCCACUGGCCAAGAUGGCAUGCCGGAAGACAUGGCUCGGCAAAUGCUAGUGGCUGGCCAGCAGCAAGCCAGCAAUCGGCAAAUGCACACCUUCAAGCAGAAUUCUCUGAGAAGAAGACGCAGCUCAAGCAUUUGCAACGUCCAGGCUUCUUUGCCCUUGGACCCUCUGAUGUUAUCAAAGCAAUCGUCAGGCGGCAGCAGCACUAUGACCACUGCUACCACCACCGCUAGCACCACAGCCAGCACUGUCGGCGUUAAUUUGGGUGAGGCUAUGCAGCAACCCCUGCCGCCGUCUCAGUGGCACUAUUUGCCACAGCUACCUGAGAGCCAACAAUAGCGAGAAUAUCAUCAUCAACACACAAUCAGUGAUGGCAUUAAUGCUAGCAUUGAGUGUUGCCGUUGCUACUGUGGAAUAGCCCCACUGAUUAACGCCGUAUGUGCACAGAGCGGCCAGUACUUUCCGCAUCACGGGACAGUGGCUAGUUACAGUUCCGACUUUAUUCUAUCACUGUGUGGAGUGUUGCAAUGCAUACGCGCGCGCACACACAGCCAACAGACCAUUCGUGUUGCAGGCAGUAGUGUCCUAGUAGUGCUGCGGCUCACAUUUCCCCAUAGGUAUCCCAUAGGCUACAUCCAUUCAGCACUAACCCUCCCUCCCCCUCUCUCCACCCACCCACCCACCCACGCACACGCUGUACAAGAGUAGUCGUACUGUGUCAGUUAUACUCACUCUUGCUGGCCUUUUUAGCGGCAAGCAUCCCCAUAUAUAUACAAACAUUGUACAUGUAGUAGCUAUAGUAAUAGUUGAAGUAGUUUCUUAGUCUCAUUGACUUGACAAAACCUUUAGGCUUGUACGUGUGGCAGUGUGUGUUAUGCUGACCAAGCACAUAGUCGUGUGCGCGCACCGCAUGGCACCACGUGGCUGUCAAUAGAUUGCAUUGGCCUAUAACACACUAGUUACUACUCCAACCGACCAUCUUACUCAUUAUCUUUCUUAUCAUCAACUUCGUGCUCAACCCGCUCGGGCUAGCAUGGCUCCGGAUAUCGGCUGAGUUUCCCAUUCUAACAGGGCAUUGCUGUAGUCCUCUAGGGCUCAAAUCAAGACGAACACUGUGGCCAUGUCAAGCCACCUCUUACGCUCCAGUUCUUUUCUUUUCUGUUUUACCAACUAUAGUCGCUUUAGCUUUUAUCACUUCUGUUCUUCUGUUUUUUUUCUUCGGACACCUGCACACGCAUGUCUACUACUAUUUCUCUCUCUCAUUCUCUCGCUCUCUCUCUCUCUCUCUCUCUCUCUCUCUCUCCUCUCUCUCUCUCUCUCUCUCUCUCUCUCUCUCUCUCUCUCUCUCUCUCUCUCUCUCUCUCUCUCUCUCUCUCUCUCUCUCUCUCUCUCUCAUUACUCUUGACCGUUGCUUUUUUAAAUGAUCUGUCUCACCCAGUCGCCCAGUUUCUACUGGUUUACUGUAGUACCAUGCUUGGUUUCUUGCUACCAAAGUGCUUUCUCCUCUCUUCAUCUUUUUUCUUCUUCUUUUUUCUCGUUAUCUGGCCUUUCCGCUGUCUUUUCAUGAAUGCCUGAUCUCUGUUCAGGCAAUUCUGCUGCUUCCUUUUCUCACCCUACAUCUGGACAUAUACAUGGCACGUCCGUUAUAGAGUGCAGGGCACCUGAUUUCUGUUCGGGUCAUGUAGCUCCCUUUUUCUCGUCCUAUAUUUGUGCACGUGCAUGUCAUGUCCGUGCUAGAAUGUAGGGCUUCAGUUGUUUUACUGCUGACAUGCUGCCAUUACCAUUGUCAUAUUCUCCCCAUACUAGUAGUGCUAGUAGUACGGCUGCCUCGUCUAUUUUCACACCCUUUUCUUCCUCAUUGCUUUUAUAAGUUUUAUAGUAACACCGUUUCCUUCCCUGUUGCCUCAUUGAUGUUCAUCCAAUACAUACAAUCAUGUAUUGUUUUGCAUGGGCUGUUUUCGAGCUUGUAUUGCAGAACUGUUUUGCAUGCGCGCUGUGUAAGAGUUCGUAGUGCAGCACUCGCAGCUACAGCUCGACAGUAUGGCGAGCGUAGCCUUCUCUGCUAUUUACCUCCCCUCGUGUAUGUUGCACCAUCCUUUCACCCCGUUGAUCUUCCCGCCGCAGUUUGCAACGCCUCGUUCUUUCUUGAAUAGAUCAGCCACCUCUGUUUUAACCUUUUUUUUCCCAAGAGCAAUGUCCUUUUGCACACGAAAAUAUUUAAUGCUACAUAAAGUUGCGGUGAGCACCCUUUUCCCUUAUUUCAUGCACUCUUGCUGAACAUAUUUGCAUGGAAACGACAGCAAAUUUAUACGAUAAAGUGCACUUGUAUGCCGGCGGGCAAACACAGAA